AAAAACCCUAGUUUUUGAGUGGAAAAAAAAGAAAAGCGGAAUCUUACUGAUUCCAGUAAGCAUUAACGGCUCUGAUUGGCGGGCUUAUAAAUCUGCGCCAUUUUAGCAGCAGUAUACUUCACCAACUUCAUUUUUACAUCUUCUCUGAAAUUUUCAGAGAUACCAUUUUCAGGAGAGAGAAAACUAAGAGAGAAGAGAGAGAAAGUGGUACCAUGUGUGGAAUACUUGCUGUUUUCGGAUGCCUCGAUAACUCUCAGGCUAAGAGGUCCAGAAUUAUCGAGCUUUCUCGAAGGUUGCGCCAUAGAGGCCCUGACUGGAGUGGCAUACACUGUUUUGAAGAUUGUUAUCUUGCUCAUCAACGAUUAGCUAUUGUUGACCCCACGUCGGGAGAUCAGCCACUUUAUAACGAGGACAAGACAAUUGUUGUCACAGUCAAUGGAGAGAUAUACAACCACAAACAGCUAAGAGAAAAGCUGGAGUCGCAUAACUUUCGCACUGGUAGUGAUUGUGAAGUAAUUGCUCACCUCUAUGAAGCGUAUGGAGAAGAGUUUGUAAAUAUGCUGGAUGGGAUGUUCUCUUUUGUAAUUCUUGAUACACGUGAUAAAAGCUUCAUUGCUGCUCGUGAUGCUAUCGGUAUUACCCCACUGUACAUGGGUUGGGGUCUUGAUGGCUCCAUUUGGUUUGCGUCAGAGAUGAAGGCCUUAAGUGAUGACUGUGAACGGUUCAUUGCUUUUCCUCCUGGACAUAUAUAUUCAAGUAAACAGGGUGGGUUAAGAAGGUGGUACAAUCCACCAUGGUACUCAGAGCAGAUACCUUCAACUCCAUAUGAUCCAAUAGUUUUACGCAAAGCUUUUGAAAAGUCUGUGCUUAAGAGACUAAUGACUGAUGUCCCAUUUGGUGUACUUCUGUCGGGUGGACUGGAUUCAUCUCUUGUUGCUGCUGUGGCAUCACGUCACUUGGCAGAAACAGAAGGAGCAUCCCAAUGGGGUUCACAGUUGCACUCCUUUUGUGUUGGUUUGAAGGGUUCUCCUGAUCUCAAUGCUGCAAGAGAGGUUGCUGAUUAUCUUGGAACUCGUCAUCACGAGUUUUAUUUCACUGUUCAGGAAGGCAUUGAUGCACUUGAAGAGGUUAUAUAUCAUAUUGAGACCUAUGAUGUUACAACUAUCAGAGCCAGCACCCCGAUGUUUCUGAUGUCCCGGAAAAUCAAAUCUCUCGGAGUAAAGAUGGUUCUUUCUGGUGAAGGAGCUGAUGAAAUUUUUGGUGGUUACUUGUAUUUCCACAAGGCACCUAACAAGAAGGAAUUUCAUGAGGAAACUUGCAGAAAGAUUAAAGCUCUUCAUCUGUAUGAUUGCUUGAGAGCCAAUAAGUCAACAUCAGCCUGGGGUGUUGAAGCACGUGUUCCCUUUCUGGAUAAAGAUUUUAUCGAUGUCGCAAUGGGUAUUGAUCCAGAGUGGAAAAUGAUUAAUUGUGAUCAAGGCAGGAUUGAGAAGUGGGUUUUACGCAAUGCUUUUGAUGAUGAUAAGAAGCCGUAUUUACCAAAGCACAUAUUGUAUCGGCAGAAGGAACAAUUCAGUGAUGGAGUAGGAUACAGUUGGAUUGAUGGUUUGAAGGAUCACGCUAGCAAACAUGUUACAGAUUCAAUGUUGGCAAAUGCGAGUUUUGUUUAUCCUGACAAUACUCCAACUACAAAAGAAGGGUAUUACUACAGAGCAAUUUUUGAGAAAUUCUUUCCUAAGAAUGCUGCUAGGCAUACAGUUCCAGGUGGACCUACUAUUGCCUGCAGUACUGCAAAAGCAGUGGAGUGGGAUGCAUCAUGGUCCAAAAACCUUGACCCGUCUGGUCGUGCUGCUCUUGGAGUUCAUGAAGCUGCUUACAGGGAACCCGAGAUCACUAACAAUGCUAACCUAGCAAGCGACUUGUGUCAAGCUCCAGGAGGUCAGGACGGGGUCAUGUCAAAGACUCCCACAGUUGUUUGAAUGAGGCGUGCAGCUCUGAUAUAUUCAUGUUGAAAUUAUAUCUUGGUACCUUAUUUCCGAUGGUAGCAGAGGAGCUUGAUGCAGGAAUCCUUUGCGUGGAUUUUUGGUUGCUAGGAAGAGUGAAAUAGGAGCAUUUGUUGUUUCUUUCAACUGUAAGCAGUGCAAAAGAGUUUUCUUUCAACUGUUUAGUUACCUGGCACAAUGUGGCCCUUUGUUGUUGUCCGAAAUUGGCCUUUUUAGGAUCCUUCCCUCCCCUUAGCUCGUUUAGCGAUAAAGGUUAACAUUCUUGGCUAAUUGUUGUAACCUGGAUUAUCUCUCGUUUAGUGAUAAAGGUUAACAUUAUUGGCUAAUUAUUGUAACCUGAAUUAUCUCGCAUCUCCAGUAAAUACUUAUGCAGUUCUCUUUUAGCUUUA